AAUAAGCACACCUCGAUUUCUUUCACCAUGACACCAUGAUCAGUUCCACGUUGACGAAUUGACGACUACGUAGUGAACAGAACAGUGGUAAAGUUCCACGUAGCAUGAGGUAGAGCGUGGUCAUGAUAAUUGCACGUUAUGUCGGAACAUUGUAGGAUCAGUGGAUGUUGAGAUAGAAUUAAUUCGUGUAUUCGUAACAGAAGCGUACCUAUUGAACAGCAGAUUAAAAUGGGAUACUUAAACAUUUUCUUAUUCUUGAUAGUUUCAACAAUUGCACUUGCAGCAAAUGGAGCAUAUGUCUAUGCUCAAGAAGAUGAGAAUAUUGAUGAUAUUGUUGAUGUAGAAGGUGAAGAAAGUAGUAUAAUAACUGAUGAAGAAACAGAAGAAGAUACUAGUAAUGCUUCAGUUGAUGCGGAUACGACAAUACUUUUUACAAAACCUAUUCAUAAUACGUUAUCUACUCUUGAAUUGCCAGCUGGAAAUAUAAUAGAAUUUCUUGUUGGAUUUACUAAUAAGGGUGAAAAUGACUUUGUUUUGGAAUCAUUGGAUGCUUCUUUUCGUUAUGCAAUGGACUUUAAUUUCUAUAUUCAAAAUUUCUCCACGUUUACGUUUAACAAAGUUGUGAAACCGAAACAUGAAGCUACUUUAGCUUAUUCUUUUAUACCAUCUGAGAGUUUCGCUGGAAGGCCGUUCGGUUUGAAUGUUAACCUGAAUUACAAAGAUACCCAGAAUGGCGUUUCUUACAAUGAAGCAGUCUUUAAUGAAACUGUACAAAUCAUAGAGAUAGAUGAUGGUCUUGAUGGAGAAACAAUUUUUCUUUAUGUAUUCCUCGCAGCAUGUGUUAUAUUGACUCUUGUAGGAGGUCAACAAUUAUUAUCAUCUCUGGGACGUAAAUCGCGUUCUUCUACUACUCGUAAAGUACCAGUAGAAAUGGGUACAUCUAAUCCUAACAAUGUAGAUUACGAUUGGCUGCCGAAGGAAACUCUCAAUAGAAUCAAUAAAUCUCCUAGAACUCCAAAACAAAGUCCAAGGCAAAGGAAAACAAAAAGAACAAUUGGUUUUGAUGAUUAAAUUACAUAUGUAUGUAUGUAUGUGUGUGUGGUGUGUGUGUAUAUAUAUAUAUAUGUGUGU